AUGCUAAUUGGAAGACAAUUUAUUGUAUUGAAAGACCACCAACCUUGGUAUGGAACCAUAAAGAGCGCUUUAGACAAAUAUUCCCCACGCGAAUUCCGUCAAAUGGACUGCAUCACACAAUUCAUUGGCGAUUUGCGCAACGUAAGGGAAGACAGCAUCGUUGCAGACACCGUCUCCCGCCUUGAUAUGGUUUCUGUUUUAAUCGACGCCCUAAAUGAUUAUCAAGCCAUAGCUGAAGCUCAGAAACGUGAACGCAGUCAAAUCGCCGCUCAAUAA